AUGGAGAAUUCUGCAGAUAGCUUCGAGUACAUCCUUCACCUGACCAAACUUCUGAGUACCGAGUGUAGGUCGACAAGACAAGAGACCGAUCAUAUUGAGCAGUUAUUGAAACGCCUGGCGAAAUUAACUCAAGUUUCUUAUGAAGACCUCUCCAGAGAGCCCUCUUCAGAGGUGAGGGAGAAAUAUGAGAAACUAAAUGAGAAAAGUGAAGAGGAAAAACUGGUUGACGAGAAUCUUUCUCUAUUGUAUCAAAUAGAGCACCAGGAAUGUAUGAACAGACGGAUAUGGGGCAUGAUAGAUCAGAUCGAUGAUCUACUUGCAUCUAUUAAGAAAUUCGUUGUAGAGCAGAAAGCACAUCGAUCAAGAAAUGAGAGACAGUUUAUCGAGUCUAUUUUUGGUAAAAGAGUGGCAAACUUGGAGGCAAGUAUCAAAGACUUAUCUCGUAAUCGUGAGACCUCAUUUCAAAAGAUAGAGCUGUUGAUCAAAGAACUGCAAUAUAUUUGUAGCGAAAUAGAGUGGUCGAAGAUCCCUGAAUCAAAAUACGGACAAGAACUGCGACAAAAACUUACAUCCGUGGAGAAUAAAUAUGACAUUAAACUAAAAUGA